AUGGACGUCCCCGACGCGACCGACUGGCUCGGCACGCCGCUGGCCGGCCUCCACGAGCUCGAGCAGACGCUGCGCUGCCGCAUCUGCAAGGACUUCUUCAACAGCCCGGUGCUCACUUCGUGCAACCACACCUUCUGCUCUGCCUGCAUCCGCCGAACCCUCUCCGUCAACAACUCGCGCUGCCCGACCUGCCAGGCCGAGGACCAGGCCACAAAGCUGCGCGGCAACUGGGCUAUGCGCGACGCCGUCGAGGCCUUCCAGAAGCACCGUAACGCCAUUCUCAGCUUUACUCGGGCUGCGAUGGCUCAGACACAGCCGCCGGUUAAGGCCCCGGCACACCUGAGUGAGACCAGCACCGACAGCGGCAGUCCGUUCGUCGAGGUCCUGUCUCCGAAGCGUAAGUCGCCGAUGACGCUGGUCGUCGAGGAUCUCGACCCCAAACGCCCCCGCCUGGAGCCCCGCGCCAGCAGGACGAAGGCGCUCGCCGCCCUGUUGAGCAAUUCUGACUCGACCGAGUCUAAGGAGCCGGCAUUCCACUCAGGUGAGACACAUUCUCUCAGGGCUGCCCGCUCCUUCGCUAAGAACGCAGACGACGCCCUGGUCGAGUGUCCCUGCUGCGGACAGCGCAUGCGUGAGUCCCGAGUCAACCAGCAUCUGGACAAGGACUGCCCCGUGAUGAACGGCAGCACGCUGUCCGCCAGCUCCAGCAACACCUCGCUCAACUUCCUUGCCGCCCCGACGUCCACCUCCAUCCCAGCCGCCCUGCAACCCCCCAAACAAAAACCCCCCGAGCGCCUCGCCCCGCUAGCCUACUCCAUGCUCAAGGACCACCAACUUCGUAAGAAGAUGGCCGACCUGGGUCUCCCGACCACCGGCUCCCGGCAGAUGCUGGAGCGCCGGCACCAAGAGUGGGUGACGCUGUGGAACGCGAAUUGCGAUUCCGCGCGGCCGAAGUCAAGAGCGGAGCUGCUGCGCGAGCUGGACGUGUGGGAGCGCACACAGGGCAGUCUGGCGCCGACACACACGCGUGCGGCCCUCAGCGGGGCGCAGAUCAAGGACAAGAACUUUGAUCGCGUCGGGUGGAUGGCCAAGUACAGGGAUAUGUUUCGGGAGUUGACGGAGCAGGCUAGGGCAUCGAUGGAAAAGGCGAAGAAGGGGGCGGAGGAAAAGAAGGAGGGAUCUGCUCCAGCUCAGAGUACUGUUGAGGAGCGGGGCGAGGGUCUGGCUGAAAAGACAGCCCAGGAGAUCCAUUCCCCUCAGGCUGAGGCCCCAGACGAGGAGGCAUCCAGCGAGAGACUACCCGAGUCUGAGGUAGUGCCGGAAACACCGGCGCCAGAACCGGCACCGUAA